AUGGUGAACCCGGUCGUGUACUUCGACAUCGCCAUCGAGGGCGAUCCUUUGGGCCGCGUCACCUUCGAGCUGUUUGUGGACAAAGUUCCAAAGACGGCAGAAAACUUUCGUGUUCUGAGCACUGGGGAGAAAGGAUUUGGUUAUAAAGCUUCCUCCUUUCACAGAGUUACUCCGGGAUUUAUGUGCCAGGGUGGUGACUUCACCCGCCAUAAUGGCACAGGUGGCAAGUCCGUCUGUGGGGAGAAAUUUGAUGAUGAGAAUUUCAUCCUGAAGCCCACAGGUCCUGGCAUCCACGGCAAAUGCUGGACCCAACACACAUGGUUCCGAGUUUUUCAGCUGCACUGCCAGCCUCAGUGGUGGGGUGGCAAGCCGGGGUCUUCGGCCAGGUGA